AUGUUAGGUACAAAACAACAUUGUGAAUAUAUUUUACAAAAAUAUUCAUCUGAUAAAUCAAAAAUUAAACCUGAAGAUUCUUCAUCAAAUCCAAAUUCAGAUCUUGUUAAUGAUUUAUUUCUAGUUAAUAUUCUUGCUCGAUUAAUUAAUAAAGCUCAAUUCAAUGAUACUGAUGAUGGUGGUGAUAUUCAUAAUACUAAAUGUUCUACAUGUGGAAUGAAUCCUAUUCGUCAAGUUGAUCGAUAUCAUUGUUUAGAAUGUAAAUCACCAACAUAUGAUUUGUGUGGACAUUGUUUUGAAAAACGUCGUGAAACAGGACGACAUUCAAAUAGUCAUGUUAUGGCACAUUUUAAAUUACCAAAUGAAAUGUUAGGAAUGUAUUUUUAUGAUGUUGACAAUGAAGUUACUUUAAAUAAAUUACGAAAAUUAGAUACACUACGACAUGAGCAACACGAUGGUACAACAUGUGAUGGAGUUUGUAAUCAAAAAGUAAUAGUUGGUUUACGUUUUAAAUGUGAUACAUGUCCUAAUUAUGAUUUAUGUGAAACAUGUGCCAUUGAAAAACGUGUUUGUACAAAAAAUCAUGAAAAAAAUCAUCCAUUAAUUUUAACUUCGAAGAGAGUUAUACCAAAAAUUGAUUCGAAUGAUAUUGAAAUUGGAGAAGUUUUAGGUCGAGGAGGAUUUGGUUUUGUAUGUAAAGCUAUAUGGCGACCAAAAAAUCGUCAAGUUGCUUGUAAAGUUAUUGAAAUAUCUAGUAGAGCAUCAAAAUCAGAUCCACUUCAUCGAAGUUUUCUUCUUGAAUUAGCUGCAUAUCGUGAAUUAUCCGGUCCAUAUAUUCUUCGAACAUAUGCUUAUGCAACUCGUAGGAUACCAUCAAAUCAUAAUCACGGAUCAAAAAGUCAGUAUAUGAUAUUAAUGGAAUUAAUGGAACGUGGAAGUUUACAACAUCUUCUUAAUCAUCUACCGAAUAAAUUAUCAUUAGGACGUAAAUUAGCUAUGGGUCGACAAAUAGCAUCAGGUAUGAAACGUAUUCAUCAACAUGGUAUGAUACAUCGUGAUAUUCGACCAGAUAAUAUUCUUAUUACGGAUCAUUAUGAGGCAAAAAUUGGUGAUAUGGGUAUUGCACGUGUUCUUGAUCCAACAGGUCAACUAACUCAGUUAGGUUGUAUACAAUUUAUGCCACCAGAAUUUUUUCGUUUUGCUGCUGCUGGACAUGUUCCAUAUAAUGACACAUUAGCUANUAUUUCCACAUCCAUUAAAUUUUCAAGUGAAAUAUUAAUGUUGGGAUUAUCUCUUCCUAACAUUAAAAGUUUAUUUAAAUUCAAUCCAUCAGUAGUAAAUGAUUCAAUAAUUAUAUCACGAAUUGUUUUUGCAUAA